AUGGCCUCGUGGGAGGCGGCGACCUUCCUGCCGACAUUUUCCGGGGAUGACGCCGGCAAGGAGCAGGACGAGACGGUGCGUCGCCUGUUCGCCGGCGAGAACUUCCAGUUCGGCAACCCGCUGGACCAGUUCUUCCGCAGUCUGCACGACGGCCACCUGACGGACGAGAUCCACUCGCUGCGCCGCCUCACCGCCGAGACCCAGGCGCACGACGCCAAGGUAUGGAGGCAGACAUAUAUGGACGACCUGCUGAAGGAGCUGGUGACCAAGAGGAAACUUUAUAUGGAUGCUGCUGUCAAGACUCCGCCAGAUGUACCCAUUUCCCUGCCACCAACCAAGAAAAAGAGUCGGCGCCGCCUGCUGGAGCAGCGCGCCAGGAAGCGGUACUUCCAGGAGCUGGAGCUGGCGCAGGGUCCUCCGGCAGCACUCACGCGCAAGCAGCAGCGCCACCUAGCCAAGCUGGAGGCGUCGCUGGGCAGCGAGCACGUGCUGGUGGCGGCCACCGGCAGUCGGCAGGCGCAGCGCGGCCUGCACCUGGGCGACCACGCCUCGGCCGAGGCCAACCCGUACCAGGUGUCGGAGGCGCGCUUCGCCCAGCUGCUGGUGCCGCCGGCCGGCGCCGGCGCUCGCGACCGCCAGCGCCUCGAGCUGCAGAGCCUGCUGAAGCCGGCGGCCGGCUGGCAGGCGGCGGCGCUCGGUCAGCAGACGCACGCCAGCUUCUUCUCGCUGCUGCGCGACGUGUUCUGCUCGGACCCGGACGACCGGCUGGCCGAGCGCGAUGUGUACGGCGCCGUGCGCAGCUGGCAGGCGUCGCCCAUAUCGCCGCUGAACGACUGGUACCAGCGCGAGCCCAGCUGGGUGGACGCGCUCGCCUCGGCGCUGGCCUUCCUCUCCGGCGAGGUUCGAGAGCUGCAGUCGCAGAUCAACUUGGUGCCGUUCCUGGACCACAGCCGGGAGGCGGGCGUGUACCAGUGGAUCGGCGCCGGCCGGGACUCCGACAUCCAUCUGGAGUCGCUCUGCGCCUACUGGAUACAGAGGAAGGACACAAUCAUCAAGCCGGAGCCGCCGGCGGUGGACACGACGGGCCCCGUGCCGCCGCCGCUGCACCCCACCACGUGGGUGGUGCAGCCCAGCCUGCCCGCGGAGAAGGACGAGUACAGGAGACAGGAGCGGCUGCGGUACCAGACGCCGCGGCGCGCUUUCACCUACCGCCUGCACGGCUACCAGUCGGUGGUGGGCCCGGUGAAGGGCGGCGCCGGGCGGGACGCGCGCGCCGCCCGCGGCCACGCCCUGCUGGCCGCCGACCGGCCGGCCUGCGUCACCAUCCUGACGCUGGUGCGCGACGCCGUGGCGCGCCUGCCCAACGGCCAGGGCUCGCGCGGCGACGUGUGCGAGCUGGUGCGUGACUCGGGCUUCCUGGCGGCCGGCGCCGAGGCGCAGAUGACCGGCGCCGUCAGCUCGGCCCUGGACCGGCUGCACGGCGAGGCCGACCCCUGCGUCAGGUAUGAUUCGCAUCGAAAACUGUGGCUCUACCUGCACAGGCACCGGUCGGAGGCCGAUUUUGAGGCCAUCGACCGGCAGCGGCAGCUGAGCAGCACGGCGGCUGUGUCGGCCAGCCCGCACCUGGUGGUGCCGCGGACCGUGGGAGUGACGUCGGCGGCUGCUCCGGCGCCCGCGCCCGCCUCGCCAGCGCAGCAAGCUGCGGCCGCCGUCCAGUCGGUGAAGGUGGUGAAGAACCAGCACGCCAUCGUACACAUCCCGCCCAAGACGCCCGGCGCCGCGCCCCAGCUGGCGCUGCUGGCCAACGGCAAGCUGAUCCCCAUCGUCAACCAGCCGCAGGCGGUCAAGUCGGAGUUGCGCCCGCUGUGUUGA